AUGCCGGGAGCCGGCCCCCGCCUCUUCUCGUUCGACGAUCUUCAAGUCCUCACCCUCGCCCUGCGCAAAUACGUAGUCCAGUCCCAAAACAACGCCAUAGCGCGACACGAUACGUUUCGCGUCGCCAUCUCUGGCGGCUCUCUCCCCGUCCUUCUCGCCAAAGCCUUCAUCGACACCCCUUCCUCUCCCGAAGACGAACAUGACCUUCUUCGUUUGUCCAAGUGGGACAUCUUCCUCGCCGACGAGCGCGUCGUGCCCCUCGACCACGAAGACAGCAACUACCGCCUCGUAAUGGCCGAAUUCGUCAACAAGCUCUCUGCCGAAUUUGGCGAGCCCAAGAUCCACCCCAUCAGCCUUGACCACACCAAGGAAAAUGAACCCCAGGAGGUCGCCGAUCUCUACCAGGAGGAGUUGAUGCAUUCCUUCGCCGCGAAGGAUAGCGUCAAGCUCCCUGUCUUCGAUCUCCUUCUCCUUGGCUGUGGCCCGGACGGCCACACCUGCAGCUUAUUCCCCCAACACGAACUCCUUAAUUCAACGAUUUCCUGGGUCGAUGCCAUCUCGAAUUCGCCGAAACCGCCCCCCAAGCGGAUUACCUUGACAAUGCCGGUGCUGACGCACGGGUUGAGAAUUGCGUUUGUUGCCACGGGAGAAGGAAAGAGGGAUAUUUUGAAGAAGAUAUUCGACACUGCUGAUGGAAAGCUGCUGCCAUGUGGGCUGGUGAAUGAGAAAGGUGCAGAGAAGGUGACCUGGUUCACAGACAGCAAGGCUACGGAAGGGGUUGCUUUCCCAAAAGGAAGCUUGUAG